AUGUUCGACGUUGAUCAUGGCAUCGUCAGCAACUCGACUCGCGACCUCAACGCCGCCUUCCCCAUUGUCAUCUUCAUCACCAUAGCUCUCUACAAUGCCGUCGAACUCGCCUGCAUCAUCUUCUUCACCUUCAAGAAGCGCAAUGGCCUGUAUUUCUGGAGCUUUUGCGUCGCCACCUUUGGUCUCGUGCCCUACUCCAUCGGUUUCCUGCUGAAGGGCCUGGGCAUCAACACGCGGCUCAUCUAUCUCUAUGUCACCAUGAUCGUUAUCGGCUGGUCCUUUCUUGUCACUGGCCAGUCGGUUGUCUUGUACUCGCGGCUGCACCUCGUCGACCGCGACCCGAGACACCUGCGCUUUGUUCUCGCCAUGGUCGUCACAAACGCCAUCAUUUGCCAUAUUCCCGUGUCUAUCCUCAUCUACGGCGCCAACUCAUCGGACCCGGAAGGAUUCCUGUUGGUCUAUUCUGUUUAUGAGAAGAUCCAGAUUACCAUUUUCUUCCUCCAGGAGCUCAUUAUAUCCAUCAUGUACAUUGUGGCCACGACCAAGCUCUUCCGCGACUCGACCCUUCACGCCAAAUCUGCCCGCAAGCGGAUGCUCUGGCAUCUCAUCCUUGUCAACAUCGUCGUCAUUCUGCUAGACAUAACCAUCCUAGGCUUGGAGUACGCUGGCUAUUACGAACUGCAGACUGCUUACAAGGCACUUGUCUACUCGAUCAAGCUCAAGCUCGAGUUCAAUAUCCUUAACGGCCUCAUAGAUCUUUCAGGGGGUCGCAUGGGCACGUCUUCCGGGCGGAACGACUACAUCUUCGACGGCAGCCAGCGCGUGCCCGCCUGCUUUGACAGUCUGCCUGCUAUGGCCAUGGACACCAUCGAGGUCGGCGGCACGUUGCAGGACGAGCUUGCUAGAAAGGGUGCCAUUGCGAACCCUGAAAUUGGCCGGCGGUACUCUGCCCAUGUCCAGACCGGCCGCGAACCUACAGACGAGGCAAGGAGCGGCACGGCCGACGGCAUAUUGAUCAUGAAAACGACUGAGGUCAAUAUUGUGCGUGAUAGCGAGAUUGAGAGGCAGAUGAAAUGUCUGAGGCGAAUAUCGACGACCUCGCUGCCUAGGACUGGCAGCUUAGAAAUGGCGACAACGCUCGAGCCAGGGGCAGGAUCGGCUUCGUCGUCGGAGAUUGGGUUUGCGAAGAAUGGCGCAUAG